AUCUACGCGCCGCAGCGCGUCUACUGCUGUUUCUAGGGAAAUAAUUAAUUUCAUUACUAGGUACAUACCUACCUACCUACCUAACCUGGGUAUCUACCUAAACAACUAUAACAACCAAGACUUCGCAUGUCUUGUCUAGGUAAAACAGAAGAAGGAAGCAAAUAAAUUAGUAAAGCCUCAAUUACUACCACUGUUUGACAAUGGCAUCCAACCAGCAGUCACUUCAACGCUCGACAACGCCGGCUGGAACCCCCCAGAAGACCUACUUUGAGCAGCAGCGGGAGGCGCUGAUCGGUGAGAUAGCUAUGAGCUUCGAGCACGUCCUCGCCAACAUCAAUAAGCUAAACCGGUCUCUCGAGGCCGUGGUUGCCGUCGGAAACGAGUUCUCCUCCGUCGAGGCGCUGUGGUCGCAGUUCGAAGGUGUCAUGGCGAAGGAUCCCGAGGAGGCUGCACCUGAGGGCGAGGGACAGGGGCAACAGGAUCGGAACGAUGGCGAGAACGGUGAAUCGGCGGCGGGUAGAAAAAGCUGAAGAGGAAAAUAGUAGAGUUGGCAAAUCACGAAGAUGAGGGGAUGAUGACUACGGUAUAGGAUUAAGGAGAGGGGUGAUAAUUUAUCAUGACGAUACCCGCCAUGGCUAUACC